CAGGCGCUCAGACCAGACAAGGUGUUCCCGACGGCGUCCAGCAGGGGACGCUGCAGUCGGCCGCGGCAGAGGCGGGACCGGAAGCCGGGCUGGAGAUACUGGGAGCCUGAGUCGACUCCUCCCGCUUCCGCUGCCGCCGGCCUUUGCUCCGGAGUCCAGUCGCCUUCUUUUCGCAGCCUCGCUUGCUGUCGCUGCCGCCGCCGGGAUGCCGCUGGAAAACCUGGAGGAGGAGGGUCUGCCCAAGAACCCCGACCUGCGCAUCGCGCAGCUGCGCUUCCUGCUUAGCCUGCCGGAGCACCGCGGGGACGCGGCGGUGCGCGAGGAGCUGAUGGCGGCCGUCCGUGACAACAACAUGGCUCCUUAUUACGAAGCCUUGUGCAAAUCCCUGGACUGGCAGAUGGACGUGGACCUACUGAACAAAAUGAAGAAGGCAAACGAGGAAGAGCUGAAACGUCUGGAUGAGGAGCUGGAAGAUGCGGAGAAGAAUCUGGGAGAGAGUGAAAUUCGAGAUGCAAUGAUGGCAAAGGCUGAGUACCUGUGUCGGAUAGGUGACAAGGAAGGAGCUCUGACAGCCUUUCGCAAGACAUAUGACAAAACCGUGGCCCUGGGUCACCGACUGGAUAUUGUAUUCUAUCUCCUUAGGAUUGGUCUCUUUUAUAUGGAUAAUGAUCUCAUCACACGAAAUACAGAAAAGGCCAAAAGCCUAAUAGAAGAAGGAGGAGACUGGGACAGAAGAAACCGCCUAAAAGUAUAUCAAGGUCUUUAUUGUGUGGCUAUUCGUGACUUCAAACAGGCAGCUGAACUCUUUCUUGACACUGUUUCAACAUUUACAUCCUAUGAACUCAUGGAUUACAAAACAUUUGUGACUUACACUGUGUAUGUCAGCAUGAUAGCUUUAGAAAGACCAGAUCUCAGGGAGAAGGUCAUUAAAGGAGCAGAAAUUCUUGAAGUGUUGCACAGUCUUCCAGCAGUUCGGCAGUAUCUGUUUUCUCUCUAUGAAUGUCGUUACUCAGUUUUCUUCCAAUCAUUAGCUGUUGUGGAACAGGAAAUGAAAAAGGACUGGCUAUUUGCUCCUCAUUAUCGAUACUAUGUAAGAGAAAUGAGAAUUCAUGCAUACAGCCAGCUGUUGGAAUCAUAUAGGUCAUUAACCCUUGGCUAUAUGGCAGAAGCAUUUGGUGUUGGUGUGGAAUUCAUUGAUCAGGAACUGUCCAGAUUUAUUGCUGCUGGGAGACUACACUGCAAAAUAGAUAAAGUGAAUGAAAUAGUGGAAACAAACAGACCCGAUAGCAAGAACUGGCAGUAUCAAGAAACUAUCAAGAAAGGAGAUCUGCUACUGAACAGAGUUCAGAAGCUUUCCAGAGUAAUUAAUAUGUAAAACUAUUUUUAAUUACUUGGAAUUUUUGUAGCUUCACUAUGUACCCAGUUCAGCUGUAUAAAAUAAAUAUUCCACUGUU